AAAUGUAGUAAUGACUGGACAGUGACUCUGAACGAACUCGCUGCAUACGACUCCACGUCGUGCCUCAAAGCAAACGCUAUUUCUUCAGUUUACUUCUGACUUGUUCACUUGUCGGUUUCAUGACCACCAAACGUCGACAACAAGCACCACACGAAGUCCUCGAUACAGCUUUUGGAUCCCAAGGCGGGAGGAACAACUUUUCUAGUACAGACCAUUAUGGACGACAGCGAAAAUUUUAUUCUCUGCGCAGAGUUCGUUGGAUUUCAAGACCUCGGGCCUCAAAUUUCUCUAGUACUACUGGUGCAGCCUUGCUCGAGGGAGGAGUGGAGGGUUACCAGCGUAGUCCUUUUGGCACCCCGGAAUCUCGCUGCGGUAGUCGCCUCCUGAUUCUUAAUGACUCCGAGGAUGGUUUCGGCUGGAGCUAAACACCCAGGAUUCUUGCGUCCGAAUCACAAUAUUCUCUUCCACUCCCUCCCUUCCGUCA